CUUUCUUCUAGAGAGAGAAAGAAGAGUAUUUCAGAAGCUCACUGUUUCGCUGAUUUUGAGGCAUGCAACCCAGAGAGAGAGAGAGAGAGAGAGAGAGAGAGAGAGAGGGAGAGUGAGGAUUGCCGCACAAGUUUCGCACAGAUAAAGACGUACUUGGUUUUCGCUUUUAUUAUAUUUACUCCAUUUGCCUCUUCUCGCUUCUCUACUAAAUUUCUAAUCUCUCAAGUUUCCACCCACAGAUAAGAAAGGAGAGAGGGUUUUGGAGAUAAUGCUGAGGAAGAGGACUAGGUCACCUCAGAAAGAUCAAGCAAUGUCUCAUUCUAGUCCCGAGUCCUGUCUUCAAUCUGAGGUUUGCUGGCAAAAUAAUCCCAAAAACAAUUCCUUUUUCAGUAUCCAUGGUCUGUUUGUUGGCCUAAACUCUAAGGGACUCUCUGAAUCUGAUUCUGUUAAAAGCCCUACGUCCCCUCUAGAUUUUAGGGUGUUUUCAAAUAUUGGGAACCCCUUUGUUAGGUCCCCAAGGUCACCCCAACAUGGGCACCCAAAGAGCUGGGACAGUAGCAAGGUAGGUUUAAGCAUUGUAGACUCUCUUGAUCAUGACACCAAAAUACCAGGGAAACCUCUUCAAUCAUCAGAGAGUAAGAACAUUCUUUUUGGACCUGCAAUGAGGAUUAAAAUCCCCAAAACCCAUUUUCAUUCUUUUCAGGCACCUAAAUCUUUGCCUCCAAAUUAUGUAACCCAGAUCAAGUCUCCCCAGGGAAAGGGCAACUCUGAUGUUGUUUUUGAAAUUGGAGAAAACCUGUUAGAACUUGAGCCAUUUGGUAAAACCCGCUCUUGUUCACUGGAUUCCUGCAGGUCAUUUUCAGCUCUUUCUUGUGUAGCCGACCGCAAAACCCUAACCACCGCUUCUGGACUUAGUUCUCCUCCUAAGUUGAUUGGAGGAAGCCUGAAUUCUAACAAUUUUUUGCGUAGAAAAGUGAAUCCAAUCUCAGUGUCUCUUGGCUCUGCCAAUGGAUUCACUCGAUCUCUCCCCACAACUGAUUUUGAGCUCUCUGAGGAUUAUACCUGUGUUAUCUCACACGGUCCCAACCCAAAAACAACUCACAUAUACGGUGACUAUGUUUUGAAGUGUCACAAUAAUGAGCUGACCAACUGCAGUAGGAAUGAAGGAAAUGAAAUUGGAUUAACCCCAGCUGUUACAGGCUCUACUUCUGUGUGGAACUCUGAUAAUUUUUUGAGUUUCUGUUAUAGUUGCAACAAGAAAUUGGAGGGCAAAGAUAUAUACAUAUACAGAGGAGAGAAGGCGUUUUGCAGCUUGGAUUGUCGGUUGCCAGAGAUUCUGAUUGAUGAAGAAAUGGAGGAGGAAGACAUGAACAAGUCUCCUGAGAAUUCUCCCAACAAAGACAACAGCCAGGAGCUUUUUGAAACUGGCAUCCCUGUUGUGACAUGAAAUGGGUUAUGUACCUCCACAACCAACCACCAUUUCCAUGAUUGAUGAAAUGGAGGUAGACGGCUCCCUGAUCAUCUGUUUACAAAGAGCUGUUUUAUGUGCAUCUAUUAGCAGCCAUGGAUGAUCAUUUUUGUACAUUGCUCCGUUUGCUGAAUUGGGUUUCAGCUUUCAUGGUUUUGGUGGUUGGUGGGUAACUGAGUUUCUGCAACUUUUUAUUUUUCUUUUUGGCUUUCCAUAAAGUUUCAAGCAUGGAAAUCUAUUGUUCAUGAAGAAAGGGCAAUAGCCAAAUUUUAUGGCUGCCUGUUUUUGAACCCUUUUAUUAUUUCUACAAAGGGCAUUUGAUGAAUGUAUAAGCCAGCAGACUUGAACUAGUGUUUUAGUGAAUCAUAAUGACAUAACUUAUAAUUUUAUGCUA